GUCGAUUCUGCUAGGGACUAAAGGGUUGGACAUAUCUCAUAUUUCUCAGCGACUGGAAAGCCUGAGUGCAGCUACUACCUUUGAACCUCUAGAGCCAGUCAAAGAUACGGAUAUACAGGAAGUCUGCCUCUGGGACCACCCUACCGGCUUGGCUGACGUCCCCAGCGCCAGUGCUGCUACGGAAACAUGCGAGGAGCAAUAAAUACUCCCCGAUGGUCGAGAGGAUUCACCUACUUCAUGCGAACCCCAGCAGUCGAAGUACCUGGGUUCAGAGUCUAUCAAUUCCCUAAGAACGUGGAGGUUCCGGGCGGAUCGAAUGUUACCAUGUACUGCAAUCCUCCAAUAUCAAAAGAUACUGUUAACGUUCUUUGGUGGAAGGAGGGCGAGAAUGCAUUUUUAGAAACGGACAGCAGAAAGCAAUUCAUUCACGAAAAGCCAAGCGAAAAACUUAUUCUUCUGGAUGUGAAAUUCGACGACUCCGGAAUGUACUACUGUGGAGUAAAGUAUCAGGAACGAUCUUUCUGGAAUGGAAGUGGCUCCAAGCUCUCUGUGUACGCUCCACCAACUCCAUUGGUAAUCGUUCCUAUUGGAGAAUUUUCGUCUCCUCGGCAGCUCCUCUGUAAAACAGCUGCCUUCUACCCAAAGGAAUUAGAAAUCGUCUGGCAAAAAAAUAACAGGCAAAUUCGCAGUGGAAGAGAAACAGUGAUAAACCGGACCGCGGAGGGUUUAUACGAGGCUUACAGUUCAUUGGAAGUUAAUCAGUCUGGUUGGGGAAAAGAUGUUUACAUCUGUCUGGUGUCGCAUGUCUCCCUCACGAUGCCUGCCUGUUUCAGCUACAUUCUGGAGCAAGGCGCUGACGCUAAAUUGAUUAUCGCAUAUACAGUGGACGGAUUGUCAAUUUUAACAUUGAUAAUAGUUUUGGUGACGGUCAACUUAAAGAGAUCGAACGGGAUAAACACAAGUUCUUUGGACGGAUGUCAGAAUGAAUACACGCAGGCUGAACAAGUUGCGGUUGAGCACGCCACUGCCUAUGAUUCACGAAGUAUGAGGGAAAACAAAGGAUUUCGCAAAUAUCGACAACAAGAACAGCGCAUUAUCUAA